AAACAUGCAGUCAAAAAACAAAUAUGCAAAAUAAACCUUUAUAACCAAAAAAAAAUCAAGGGAAAUGGACCAUCAGAGAGAUUUAUCUCAAUAGCAUAAUGGGCUUAUGGUUUAUAUGGGCUUAUUUACCGAAGCCCAUUAUAUCCAAAGCCUUGUAAUGUUCUUCAUCAGUAAACAGAACAAACGAUUCUCUGAGAAAACCCUAAGAAAAACCCUGCCAGAGAAAAUCUCAGUUUUGAACGAACAAUUGUUUCUUUGUGAUCGGAAAACAUGGUGGUUGGUCUAAGAGAUUUCACACUCAGAACCGGAGAUGGCUCCGGAAAACCGGUACUAGACGAAGCUAACGGCGAGGAACUUAUGCACGUUCAGACUUCCGUCGCCGUCGCUCUCGGAAACCUUCCCGUUGAGUCUCCCGGAACUCUCUACAUCACUUCCAGGAAAUUAAUUUGGCUGAGCGAUGUAGACAUGGCUAAAGGUUAUGCAGUUGAUUUCUUAUCGAUAUCACUUCACGCUGUUUCUAGAGAUCCUGAGGCUUAUUCAUCUCCUUGUAUCUAUACUCAGAUUGAGAUUGAAGAAGAUGAGGAUGAUGAGUCUGAUACUGAAUCAUCUACUGAAGUUUUGGACUUAUCAAAGAUCAGAGAGAUGAGGCUUGUUCCUUCUGACCCUUCCCAGUUGGAGACGCUAUUUGAUGUAUUCUGCGAGUGUGCUGAGCUGAAUCCUGAACCAGUUGAAGAAGAAGAAGAAGACCGUGGGCAUAAUUGGGUGUUUAGUGCUGAUCAGAUGGAUGUUCGUGGAGGAGCAGAUGAAGAUGCAGAAUGGCAAAUAUCUCAGAGUCCGACAAGUGUAAUUGGUCAUUCCAAUGGAGGUGAAGCUCUUGCUCAGCCUAUGCUUGAGCUCCAAAUCAAUGAUCAGAGGUUUGAGGAUGCUGAAGAGAUGGUUCAUGAAAGUGAGACCAAAGAUCACUAGACUGUUCACAAUUGUACUCAGAAAACCUUGUUGUGUCUUAUUUUAACGAUCAAAGAGUUGUAUUAUGCUAAACUAUAAAAUUAUUAUGUUAUUAAUACUUUGCUUUUCAAAUUA